GCGACUGCAAAACAGAUUCCGCAGUAGUCUUGCUUCCAUAGCGACUGCACAACAGAUUCCGCAGUAGUCUCUCUCCUUUUCGAUUUGCAGUGAAAGGAAAGAAACAAGAGAAGAAAACGAAAGAGAGAUCUCUCUUUCUUAUUUCCAAUUUACAGAAUCAAAGGAGAAGAGAAAUCUCUCUCUUCUGUUCUGAUUUGCAGAAGAAAACGGAGAGAUGGGGAGUUUGGGAGCGAUACUGAAACAUCCGGAGGAUUUCUACCCUCUUGUGAAGCUGAAGAUCGCAGCCAUCCAAGCAGAGAAGCAGAUCCCGGACGAUCCUCACUGGGCCUUUUGCUACAUCAUGCUCCAUAGGGUCUCUCGAAGCUUCGCCCUCGCCAUCCAACAGCUACGCCCUCAGCUCCGCAAUGCCGUCCGUACAUCCCUCUCGCUCCACAUUUCCCCGAUUGAUCAAUUUCUCAAUAUCUAUCUCUCUCAGGAUGAUACAAGCAUAGCUUCUGAUAUCAAAGUACCAGUUCUGCUAUCCUUUCAUCGUUGCAUAUAUAACCGUGAUUGGCAUUUCUCAUGUGGUACGAAGGACUACAAAGUUCUCAUGGAUAAAUUUCAUUACGUUUCUACUGCUUUUUUAGAGCUCAGAAGAAGUUAUCAAGAGGCAAUUGAAGACAUUACGAAAAGAAUGGGUGCAGGGAUGGCGAAAUUUAUAUGCAAAGAGGUGGAAACUGUUGAUGACUAUGAAGAGUAUUGCCACUAUGCAGCUGGACUUGUUGGGUUAGGAUUAUCCAAGCUAUUUCAUGCCUCUGGAUUGGAAGACAUGGCUCCAGACUCUCUCUCCAAUUCUAUGGGUUUAUUUCUACAGAAAACAAACAUUAUCCGUGACUAUCUUGAGGACAUAAAUGAGAUACCAGAGUCACGCAUGUUCUGGCCUCGUCAAAUAUGGAGUAAAUAUGCUAACAAACUCGAGGACUUGAAAUACGAGGAAUAUUCAGUCAAAGCAGUACAAUGCUUGAAUGAAAUGGUCACCAAUGCAUUGGCACAUGUGGAAGAUUGCUUGGAGUACAUUUCUUCUUUGCAGGAUCCAUCAAUCUUCCGAUUUUGUGCUAUUCCCCAGAUUAUGGCAAUUGGAACAUUAGCUUUGUGCUAUAACAAUCUUGAAGUCUUCAGAGGAGUCGUGAAAAUGAGACGGGGUCUCACUGCUAAGGUUGUUGUCCAAACAAGAACGAUGUCUGAUGUUUAUGGUGCUUUCUUUGAUUUUUCUUGCAUGCUGAAAGCUAAGGUUGAUAAGAAUGAUCCCAAUGCCACACAAACGCUUAACCUGGUUGAAGCAAUACAGAAAGCUUGCAGGGAUUCCGGAAUGCUAAAUACGAGGAGACCUUACGUGGAUGCAAGCAAGCUAAUGUACAAGACGGCUCUGAUUAUUAUGUUCUUCAUGCUGCUAUCAAUCUUGUUUGGGUUUCUCUCAAUUAAGUGAAAGGCUAACUCAAUUCAUGGCUUGUAUCCACCGUCCAUGCGGGAAAGUGAGCUUUCAAGCAGAUUUGCUUUCGAGCCGUUAUCCAAUCAGGUCUAAUUUCUGUUUACGUGCUCUGCUCUGUUGCAUAUAGUGUUGCAACUGGCUGGGAUGGAGGUUGUGUCAAUGCACGACAAGGUUUAAAGUAUAUUUAGAAACCAGUAUUACAUGGACGUGGAUUGCCUGCUACCCCAGAUGCAGGAAUUCCUGCAGCCCUAAGCUCCGUGGGCCUUCCGUGAUGUUUGUGUUGUAUCCACUCCAUGCAUCCAUUUCCCUAGGUCAUUUUUGGGCAUGAGCCAAACAUGAGGUGGAUUCAAAGCUCAAGGGGACCACACCAUGAGAAAUGGCGGGGAUUGAACGCUCACCAUUUAAAACUUCUUAGGGGCCACAAAAGUUUUGGAUUAAGCUGAUAUUUGUGUUUUCCCUUCAUCCAGUUGGGAGUCACCUUAUGAAUGGGUUGGAUGGCAAAUAAUAUCACGGUGCACUCUAGGAAGGCUUCAAUGGUGGGCAUCAAUGUCCCCACUGUUUCCUGUGUGGCCCACUUGAGAUUUAGAUCUGCGCAUGUUGGGCUCAUGUCCUAAAGUGAGCUGGCAGAACACCUGAUGACACAAAUAUAACACAUACAUCGCGGUGGGCCCCAUAGCUUAGGGCUGCGGGCAAUCGGCAUUGGUAUUAAAGUUGCCCGAUAUGAACUGGUUUCAGCCAUUAAUGAUAUGGGGCGAUGCAGUACAACCUGGUUUUGGCCAUAAAUGAUAUGGCGCGUUACAGGAUGGUAAACUGGUUUUGGCAGUAAGCGAUAUGGAACACUGAAACUAGCUCAGAACAAGCUCGGGCCAUGCUGGCUAGUAAAUAAGCAGCCAAAUUGUAUUAAAAUAAACAGGGCCGAUCUAUCGGCCUAAAGGUUAAGUCACAUCAAAUCCAUUUUAAUUAGUUAGUGGGCCCAGAAACUCUGCCCUGGGCUGAGCCAUAGGCUUGGUCUGAAAGUGGGCAGGACUGUGCCGGGGCCAGGCCAGCCCAGUUGCGGUUCUAGCUGCACAGACUUUAGAAACUGUUGGCAUUGUGAAGAAUAUUGCCAGGUUUUGAAAAUAUUGUGAUGUUUUCAUUAAAAUUUAGCUAAACGAUAUCAUCACGAUAACAUCAAAAUAUAGCUUUUCUUAAAAUUUUUGUGAUAAAAUAUGUGAAAAUCAUUUGAAAUUUAACUCAUUCAGUAGAUAAUUUCGUGUUUGAAUUUUACAUUUUUCUGUUAAUUUAUAUUAAAUAUUUUAAUUUUUUAUUUUGGUGAGAUUUCCUGAUAAUGUCCUGAGAAAAAAAAAAAAAACCCAAAAUUUGAAGUCUCUGAAGAGAUCUGUCACUGUGACUGUUGGAGCUCAGAACUGCAUGCCUAGUCCUGAAGUCACGUGUUGUUGGUCUUGGAUGCAGGCACAGCUUUCCUUUCCCUUCCCGGUGAAUUCAUUUCAACUCUUGCAGUUAGUUGCAUCGUCGUAUUCAUAUCUUGUAAUAGAAAUUCAGUUAAGGUGUGGUUGAUUCAUUCUUUUUGUAUAUGCUGAAAAAAGUCCUGUAGUUGCUUGGUGGCUUUCAACAAAGUGAUGAUUUAACGAGGCAAUGUUGAAAAUUCCCUGCUUUCAAAUGAUUGUUUUUGAGAGA